UUAUAAGUAUUAACUUUUAGAAAUUUCUGGGCAUUAAUUUUUUAUAGAAAAAACUAGAUAGGUAUCCGACAUAAAAUUGUUUCGUGGAGCGGAAAACGCAAGUCUAGAUCGAGCAAAAUCAUUACAAUUUAUCCAUAUAAAUAAAAUAGAAAGAAGAAAUAGAAAUGUCGCUAUUUUUGGGAGAUUUUGACGAUGACAUAUUUGGAAAUCAUAUGAAUGCGAUGAAUAUGCAAAUGCGUUCAAUGAAUCGACUAAUGAAUUCCUUAAUGCCUGAUCCAUUUAAUAUGCUGACACCUUUUGACUCAAGUUUCCAGCAAAAUGCUCUAAUGGAGAGGCAGAAUAACCCCAAUGUAGGUGGCUUAUUUGGUUUUCCUGGCAUGCCCAACAUGAAUCGCUUGUUGAGCGCUGACAUCGGUUCAAAUGGAGCCUCUUAUUGCUCAAGUUCUGUUAUAACUAUGUCCUCUGGGCCGGAUGGCCGUCCACAAAUUUAUCAGGCAACGAGCAGUACCAAGACUGGUCCUGGCGGCAUACGAGAGACACGCCGCACGGUUCAGGAUUCCAUGAAUGGUGUAAAAAAAAUGGCAAUUGGUCAUCAUAUCGGAGAACGGGCGCAUAUUAUUGAGAAAGAGCAGGACUUACGAUCCGGUCAGCUAGAAGAACGUCAAGAAUUUAUAAACCUUGAGGAAGAACAGGCAGAAGAUUUUGAUCGAGAAUUUACAACUAAAGCCCGUGGGGUUAGCAGCGUACGGAAUACUGGCUACGCUAGCAUCGAGGCUGCACCACAGCAAACUUUAACCAUUGAAUCUUUAGAUGAUGAUGAGAAUGGGGAAAUGGAGCAGCAGUCGUUAGGUCGUCAGAAAUUAUCCGCUACCCAUAACAGUCGCAGGCAGUUGCCAGCGCUACCAGCACCGCAAAUUCAACCGCAGAAUAGCUUUUGCGAAUCCGCUGUCGAAAUGCUGCCGUCGCCAUCGAUAUCUUCUUCGACCACAACACCAAUAUCGACUUCUUCGAAUGCUGUUGGCAAUCAGUUUAAUGACACCGUACGUCAAGCUUAUCGCGACAGUAGUUUAGUUGGACGUAGAUCCCUGCGUACACUGUCUUCAUCGUCUUUAGCUACAACCUCUACAACUUCCAGCCAUAGCAUGGCAUCAGCCAAAAGCGUACAUCCCCAUCCUUAUCAUACGUCGGCAGCCAGACGUAAUCACCGUGCAAAGCAACACUCCAAACAACAGCAACAUAAUUCAGGAAAGUCGGCCAAUCAAAAGGAUUUAAAGGAACAACAUAAACAAUAGAUUUUCCUUAAUACGAAGCAAGAGAGAAUUAAAUAUAUUUUUAUUUUUCUUUUAGAUUUUUGCAUUCUCGAGAUAAAGUUUUUCAAAGUUUUUGAAGGACUAAAUUCAAAAUUUAAAAAUUUAUCGUUAAAAUUUGAUCCCUUAAUAUUAGUGACGGUUUAAGUAUGUUGAGCAAAUCUAUUAGGGUAAAAGGCAAAAAUAUGUCUGCAUAUUUUUAAUUAACUGUUCAAUAUUGUCUAUAGCGUCAGCAUCCGUCAAUUUUCGUCAAAUAAUCGGCUACCGUGUGCACAAUAUUUGUUCAGUUAAUAUACUAUGUUAUGU